AUGUAUAAGUUUGUGCUCUUUAUUGCGCUGUGUAUGAUGGUCUCGGCGAACCCCACAUGGAAAAGAUCUUCGUCACCAUUGGAAUUGAUUACCGUAAUCGAAUUGGAAGAAGCCUGUGUGAGACAAGGCGGUAUCUGUGUUCGGAUAGAAGACUGCGAUCCUUCGAAUAUAGUGCACAUGCGAGGUAAACUGUGUCCGAACCAGAAACACCUGGGCGUGGAAUGUUGUUACAUGUGA